GCCUCACGACAUCAUGUGUCCACUUUUAGAGACAAUUUUAAAUAAAAUCCGUGCACAAGCGAAAACUUAACGGACUCACCCCCAUGAGUGUCAGUGGAAAUGGAGUUAGUGACUAAUUUUAGUGACCUAAACCCCAAUUUAGAGGAAUUUCAGGAGACCGAAACCGAACUGUUCUUCAGUUACAAAUAUGUUGCGUACACAGUUGGAACUCUUAUUUUCGUUAGUAAUUUAACUGUAGUUAUAUCUAGUGGACUCAUUAUUAGAAAAGGUCAACCGCCGAAGAGCACAUACUGGUUGCUGGGCAACAUGUCGCUGGCGGACACCAUCAUCGGCCUGUCGAUAGUGUUCGGACACCUCAUGGAGAACACCACCACGCAGCCGCUGUGCGUCAUGCAAUUAGGUUUGCUGGUGAGUCCAACGAUGGUGUCGAUCCUGACGGUGGGCCUGAUAGCUGUGGACCGGUACAUUUACAUCCUGCACGGCCUCUACUACCAGCGCUGGUGUAACACGAGCAGAGUCCAGAUCAGUAUAGCCCUCACAUGGCUCAUUGGUUUGAUUCUCGGUUUCGUUCCCGCGACGGGCUGGAUUAACAGGGAGCUGAUGUUCUCGCGGUGCUACUACGUCACCCUGUACCCUGAGUUCAUCGUGCUCCUCAAUUCCCUUCUCAGCAUCGUCCCUCUCGGGCUAGUCGGUGUUCUGUACUCCAUCAUCCUGGUUAGAGCCUUGAAAAACAUGAGAGAAAUAAAAGCGACGAACAAAUCUCUCAACUACAAUUCGACAUCGACCAUUCGAAUCUAUCGCGGCAACACGCAGAAAAAUGUGAGGAGCGAAGAUAAAUCGAAGAGGAGUGCAUCGCUAGAUGGGAACAUCGAGGAUACUCAAAGUGAUAUUAUAAAGGGUUUAAGCAAAAGCAGGAGUCGAAGCCUAGAUAAUAUUAGUAGUGAGAAAAAUAAAUCUGCGAGUACAAAAUCAAAAGAACAUCCGACCAAAGAGGAAUCCAACUUCAGCAUCGACACCAUCGCUUCGUCGGCUGCUAAUAUUAACAAUAAAGGACUCCCAAAGCCGGUACACAAGGUCAAGGGACCGAACAAAUGGAAGGCAAUAGUGAUAGUGAUGCUUACAUCUGGCAGCGUCAUAUGCACUUGGAUGCCUUUCUUCAUCACGGCUAUAUUCUACGUAUUUUGCCAAGAGAAGCUAACCAACCCGAAGUGUCUCAAUCUUCAGGUGUUGCUGGGGGGGCCUUUGGCCACUGUUGCGUUUUUUAACAGUAUUCUCAACCCCCUAAUCUACGCGUGGUGGCACAAAGGUUUUAAUGGAACUAUACGGAGGCACUUUAAGAAGUUUUACAAUAAAUGUUUUUUAAAAUUGAUUGACUAG